AUGGAAGGAAACGGGCAGCUCAUGGAAGUCAUCCACGAAAUGCGCUCUGAGAUUAUCAAGCUAGAGAGAGAGAACAGAGCUCUCCGCGGGGAACUUAAAUGCAAUGGGCAGAAGGGAGCAAAGCGAGAUGAUGGAGCAGGAGAGGAGGACAAAAAGGACGAAGCCUGGGGCCUCACUGAUUCAGGUGAAGAAGCCAGUGGUUCUCCAGUAGCUCUGCGCAAGAAUGUCUCAGCAGGGUCUGCUCUGACACUACAGGAGCAAAAAGGUAACAUUAUGACGGUCAGGCGUUAUUCCAUCUCCUCAUCUCUGCCUUCACUUUCUGGCAACAAACAUCAAAAAUCGGACAAGAGGAAUCCAUUCAAGGGAGCCCUAGAUGUGAAGGGGAUAAUCAAGCAACCAGCAUAUCCUACAGAUACACAACUAAGCAACAAAGAAGAAAAAGGGGUUGCAAAAAUCCCAUCUGAUUGCCUCUCCAGCAAUGCGUCCAAUAAACGAAGAUCUUUCCAAGACCAUGUUUAUAAAUGCAGGGGUAAAGUAAAGGCUGUCAGUUUCCUAUUACCAGUGGACAUGUCACCUUAUUCGGAAAAUCAAGGCUCUUUCACAUGCCCGCAAAAUCAGAACACAAGACAGUUAAGCACCAUUAUUGAAAAGGACAUGUAA